AUGGGCAAUAUUCUCCGUCAAGUUGCGAAGCACGCUGAUGGCAGCUCGAACGAACCGAUGCCAGCUUCAUCUGAACUGGAGAAGGAGCUUCCCAGGGUCUCUGUUUGGCCCUGCGGAACUUCUACUCAGGAUCGCCUCGUCCAAUCAAUCCAGACCGGUGGCAAACUUCACCGUGUUAUGAGUGGUGGAGGGGGAUGGGCUUUUUGGAAGCAAAAGAAUACGGAGAGCUGUCAGUCCUUGAUCAUUUAUUCCCACGGUGAUGGCAGGACCCCGCCUACAAUGGCAAUGGACGAUUUGUCGUCGCUGUCACAAGCCAGGACGCACAGUGGCCUUCGGGCAUUGUCAGAGCUACCUCAAGGGAGCGUUUCGUAUCAUUUCGGUAUGGUUUCUGAUGCAGAUAUGCCGGCAACCGAGGCUACUGAGCACACAGGUCUGAUAGCCCCCAAGAUUGAGGCAAACUCCAAAGGAGGUGUGCUUGGAACCAGCACCAAGUGUGAUAUUCCUGGAAGUCGAAUUGAGAUGACUUUGGCAUAA